GCGGAGAAGACCGCGACGCGAGCCCACCCCACCCCACCCCCGAGCGCGAUCCCUCCCGUCCGUGUUGCCCUCUGCCGCCUCCUCCUCCACCCCGUCGCUUCCGUGCCAUCCGCGGCUCGCCUCCCCACCUCUCAUUCCCGGCGCCCGAUGCCUCCCGCCCGCCCGUAGCCGCCCGACGACGACCGCCAUGGCCGCCGAUUCCGUCAAAGGGGUGGCCGACCUGGAGAUCGGGCUGGCGUCGCCGGGGUCGGAGGGGGCGCCGUCGCCGGCGUCCAGCGCGGGCGCCUCCGGGGAGCGGCCCGACCAGUCCCCGGCGCGGGCGGCCAAGCGCCCCGGCCUCGUCAUGUCCUUCUCCGGGAAGCGGCUGGACCAGUCGCCGUCGCGCCCGGUGCUCGUCAUGUCCCACUCCAGCAACCGCCUCGACCAAUCGCCCGCGCGCCCGGGGCUCGUCAUGUCGCGCUCCAGCAACCGGCUGGACCAGUCCUCCCCGGCGUCGUCGCCGUCGCUGGCGCCCGCCAGGGGGCCCGUGCUCGUCAUGUCCGGCUCCAGCAAUCGGCUCGACAGCUCGCAGCCGUCGCCGUCGCCGUCGCCGUCGCCGACGGCCGCGGCCGCUGCGGCGCCGGUGCUGGUGCUCUCCAACUCCGGCAAGCGGAUGGACCAGGCGGGGCGGAAGAAGUACGUCAAGCAGGUGACGGGCCGCCACAACGACACGGAGCUCCACCUCGCCGCGCAGCGCGGGGACCUCGAGGCCGUGCGCCAGAUCAUCGCAGAGAUCGACGCCCAGAUGACCGGCACCGGCGAGGAGUUCGACAGCGAGGUCGCUGAGAUCCGCGCCGCCAUAGUGAACGAGACCAACGAGAUGGAGGAGACUGCUCUGCUCAUCGCCGCCGAGAAGGGGUUUCUUGACAUCGUCGUUGAGCUGCUCAAACACUCCGACAAGGAGAGUCUCACAAGGAAGAACAAGUCUGGAUUCGAUGCUCUGCACGUCGCCGCAAGAGAGGGCCACCGAGAUAUUGUGAAGGUACUUCUGGACCAUGAUCCAUCCCUCGGGAAGACGUUUGGCCAAUCAAAUGUGACUCCUCUCAUAACUGCGGCCAUUAGAGGCCACACUGAGGUGGUCAACCUGCUGCUAGAGCGUGUCUCUGGGUUGGUUGAAUUAUCAAAAGCGAAUGGAAAGAAUGCCUUGCACUUCGCUGCCCGGCAGGGGCAUGUUGAAAUUGUGAAGGCUUUGCUAGAUGCUGACGCUCAGCUUGCUCGGAGGACUGAUAAGAAAGGCCAGACUGCUCUACACAUGGCAGUGAAAGGAACUAGUGCUGAAGUUGUUCAAGGGCUUGUGAAUGCUGAUCCGGCUAUAGUCAUGCUACCUGAUAGAAAUGGCAAUUUAGCUUUGCAUGUUGCAACCAGAAAGAAAAGAUCGGAGAUUGUAAAUGUGCUUCUGCUUCUUCCAGAUAUGAACGUGAAUGCAUUGACUAGGGAUCGGAAGACUGCAUUCGACAUAGCAGAGGGCCUGCCACUAUCAGAGGAGUCUCAAGAAAUAAAGGAGUGCUUAUCCCGUGCUGGUGCAGUGAGAGCAAAUGAUCUGAAUCAGCCUAGAGACGAGCUCAGAAAAACAGUGACGGAGAUCAAAAAGGAUGUACAUACUCAGCUUGAGCAGGCCAGAAAAACGAACAAAAACGUCUAUGGUAUCGCAAAGGAGCUAAGGAAACUCCAUAGGGAAGGCAUCAAUAAUGCAACAAAUUCAGUCACUGUUGUGGCCGUGCUCUUCGCCACGGUGGCAUUUGCUGCGAUCUUUACAGUGCCUGGCGGUAACGAUGACCAUGGUGUAGCAAUAGCUGUGCACGCAGCAGCCUUCAAGGUCUUCUUCAUCUUCAAUGCCAUUGCCCUCUUCACCUCGUUAGCAGUUGUGGUGGUUCAGAUAACACUAGUUAGGGGUGAGACCAAAGCAGAGAGGCGGGUUGUUGAGAUCAUCAACAAGCUGAUGUGGCUUGCUUCAGUAUGCACGACGGUCGCAUUCAUAUCCUCCUCGUACAUUGUGGUGGGGCGGCACUUCCGGGGGGCGGCGCUUCUGGUGACCUUGAUCGGCGGGGUGAUCAUGACCGGUGUGCUUGGGACAAUGACUUACUACGUGGUGAAGUCCAAGCGCACACGUAAAAUCAGGAAGAAGGUGAAAUCAACAAGGAGGAGCGGCUCAAACUCAUGGCAGCAGAACUCAGAGUUCUCAGACUCGGAGAUCGACCGGAUAUAUGCCAUAUGAGUGGUCCAGUACCAGCUGACUCCUCCAAACCUUUUGGCAGUGGUACAACACGAAUGUAAUUAUGAACAUCGAUCAUGACCCUUGAGAUGGGGGUUAACUUUGUACAUUCCAAUAAGCUGGUGUAAAACUGCCAUUCCCCUUGUUCCUGAAUUAGCAGGAGGCGAUGGUCUUGGAUGUAUACUACUACAGAUAGAUUGGUCAUCAGAAUAUAUAUUAUAUACGCAGCCAGUGUUGUGCUC